AAAAAAAAAAAAAAUACGCAUUAGCAUAAUUAUAUUCACAUGAGCCUGUGUGUACUGCAUAACCUCUGACGCAUCUCUCUUCUUCCUGCGACUGCUUACAAAAGUUGAGAAGCAGUUGUAAAGCGAUGCCACAUAUUUAUCUCCACGGCCACUUCUUGCAACGCUGUAAAAUGCACACGACACUUCAUAGAAACAUGCAGUGUUGUCACGUAUAUCCUACAUAUUUCCGGCAAGCCCUUCACGUGACUGUAGGUACAUCAUCUAACGCCUCAAGACAAGUGUGCCUUCCCUUUUUCCUCUCCUUCCUGACGGAGAUAGCCCCGUGAGACUAUAUCAAUACAAGGGUGCUGGGAGCAGUGGCACUGGGCCAGGACGGAGGUGGGUGCGGGCGGGCGUGCCAACAUCCCUGCUCAGUGCCUUGCAGCAGUCCCCGCUCGUCCACUCUGCCUACUCAAGUGUCCUCAGCAUCUCACGGUGACAAAAAACAGGCAGAGAAGGAAACAUUGUGCGUCGCUGAGUGAGGACCCGCUCAGUGCCUGCGUCCACACCACGCCACAAGGCUGGCUGGGCGAAGGAAGGAAGGAAUGUCGUAGAGAUGCAUGAGUUCCGGAGCCUCAGGUGUUGUUGACGAGAAAGUCGUCCACUUAUAACCAUGCCCCCCAGCAAGCCCGUCCACACACUGCGGUCCUUUGCCAAGGACAAGGUGCUCUAUAACGCAUGUGCCGUUAUUCUUGACGAAAUAUACUUCGGACAGGACGAUAAAUGGGAGGUGCACAGCCCCUCGCUGUCCGUGAGGCUGGGCGUGGUGCGGGACGUGCUGACGGGCGCCCUCACGCCGAGCCUUCUGGAGGACAUCCUCAACACCAUCCUCUCGCGCGACGAGGCGGUGGAGGCGGUGGUGCGCUUCAUCGCCAUCCAGCUGCUGCUCGUGGAGGGCGUGCGCUGCCUCAGUGUCGGCAACUUCCCUGAGGCCUACCACACGCUGGUGCUGCACGCCGUGGCCAAGCACGGCACGGGCAUACACCAGCUGGACCUCCGGGGCCUGUGGGUCAAGGGUGAGCACAAGAACGCUCUCAUGAGAGUGCUCAGGAAGCUCCCGGACAUUCGGCGGCUGACGCUGCGCUACACGUGUGACGACGACAUGCUGGCCACGCUGGGGAAGUACGCGGAGAACCUGCAGAAGCUGGACAUCACGGGCUCGCAGGCCGUCACGGAGGAGGGGCUGCGGAAACUGUGCAACUACCCGACCCGCGUGGUGAUGGGCAGCCUGUCAGACUCACUGCAGAUUGUGGACCUCGGCGGCCCCGGCUCCAAGGGCCUGGCGCCCUCACACAUCAGCUACCUGUUGCUCCACUUGCCGCACCUGGUCAGCCUCGGCUCCUACGAGCACGCCGGCGCCGCCGUGGACCUCGCCCUGCAAAGCCGCCCGGGUAAAAAGUUUGGCCUGCGCUACAUGCACGACACCAUCACCCCCUACAAGCGCUUCCUCUCGGUGGUCAGCGCGUGCCCGCACCUGACGGCCAUCUACUUUGACAGCCCCAAAGACAAAGUGGUCCACAACCUGGGCGAGCUCAAAGAACUCAUAGAAAUAAAGAUGAAUAAAGUAAGGUGGAGUGACACAGUGAUCCUGCUGCAGCAGAUCGGCCGCCGCCUCAGGAGUCUGUUCCUCCUCUCCGUGUUCGGGGAGCUGGACCUGCUGGAGCUGGGCGUGAUGUGUCCCCGUCUGUUGCGGCUGGAGCUGCACAACACCGCCCUCCACUGUUCGGCGGACAGCCACGCCUCGGCCUUCCAGCAGGUGCGGGAGCUGUUCGUGUACACAAGCCCCCUCAGUGUGACCUGCGUCAAGCUGCUGCUCACCCAGUGCGUGGCGGUGGAGCACUUCUCCCUCGGGGACUGCGGCCACCUCACAGACGGCGUCCUGCACGCCAGCCUUAUCCAACACGCCCUCCGCCACGUGCGCCAUAUCUGGUUCGGCGUGGCGGAGCACCUCACCGUGCAGUCCGUGCAGGCGCUGCUGGAUCACUGUCCGGAGCUCCUCAGCCUCGGCAACCUGGCCGCCUGGGACCUGCGGCCGGAACACAUCGACCUGCUGCGGGUGCAGGUAUUCAUCACCAACCGUGACCUCACGCUCCACGAGGUGGGGUCACAGUUCUCCGAGGACGAGUGGAUCCCCAUCGUGGUGAUAUGAAGCCGACGCAGGGUCGCGGGGGAAGAGUGGCCUGGCACGCCGUCACCCCCGCGGGCGAGGCCCCUCGCUACAUGUGAUCCGUCCCACUGAUGUAUUGUGAUAAAAAAUAAAGGUUAUUUUCACGA